UCCUUGUGCUGGUCAUACAGCUGGGUGUGUGUCUAUUCAUUCUAUUUGCUGAUAUUCCAGAAUUAUACAGGCGUUUGGAUCUUCUCUGCACUCCUCUUCUGUGGAGGGUUUAUAUCAUCAUUAUGCUCAGCUCCAACUUCAUUGUGUCCCUUGUGGUGGAGGAGGCCAUUAUUGAAAACCGAGCCCUGUGGACAACAUUCAAAAGUUGUUUUGGCUAUCAAUCAAAAAGCCAGUAUCGGAUAUGGCAGAGGGCCUUGGCAGAUGACCCCAGCUGGCCCCCGCUAAACCAAACGUCCUACUCUGACAUGCCAGAGUGUGGCAGGGGGGUGUCUUACAGCAAUCCGGUGUUUGAGAGCAAUGAGGAACAACUCUGAAGCCAAAGUGAUCUCUAAGGUGAUAAAGCAUAGAAACAAUGACAAAAGGGACCAGUUUCAGUAAUUUUCAAACAAUGGGACUCUUACAAAAUCAGCUGGAGUUUUUGGAAUGAAAAAACCUAUCCAAUCACGGUCGCAAAUUCAAGUUUACCUGAUAAAAUACUUUCUACAGAGCAGAACACUGCCCCCAGAAGAGUGCCUUCCUCUUGAUUCUGAAAGUAUUGAUGGUGUUGGUGAAUCAAGAGUGAGCCAACGAUGGCAAUCAGCCCAGAGACUGGGAGGCUAAAGGACAAGGAGAAUAUAUAAUCUCUUUUCUUAGGUAACAUUUUUUAAAUGAAUUGAGAGAAAGCAGCACUAUGUGUAGCCAUAGAAUUGUAACAUGUGAAGGAUCACCUUUGAAUUCUUAUUUUAUUGAUGGAAAAACAAGUGCAUGAGAGCCAUUAUACCAGUC